AUGCGCACGGUUGUUUUAACGCUGCUGCUGGUGGCGGUGGCGCUGGCGGCGUCUGCGCUGGCGGACCAGCACGACAAGAACGACAAGGACCACGCCAAGGAGCACCCCAACGAGAAGCACUCCAAGAACGACGGCCACGGCCACAAGCGCUCCGUGCGCUCGCUCGGCCUCGCCGCCGCCCCCGCCCCCGCCCUCGCCCUCGCCUACGCCCCCGCGCCCUACGCCGCUUACGCCCACGCCCCCGCCUACGCCCGCGCCCCCGCCUACGGCCUCGCCUACUACGGCUAGCCCACCACCCACUCACUUCCUUCCCAUCCCCUCGAGGCGCAUUCCUCCUCAGCCAGUGACGAGACUCGCAAGCAAAAUUUCGUUCUACAACUCUCCAUCCAUUACACUAUCAAACCCUUUCGAAAAGGAAGGGAAUAAACUUUUAAAUCUACAAGAGGUCUCUCACAAAAUCCUCUCACUUCUACAAACCUCUCCUCUUCCAACUACGCAAACAAAAACCCCAAAAAGAUUACGAAACCGCAAGAAAAUACCCACAAAUUUCCCAUUCUCUCUAAUAGCAUUCCUUCGCAGCCAGUGAUGAGCAUCUCAAAGAAAAUCUAGUUCUAAAACUCUGUAUCCAUUACACUCAAACCCUUUGCAAAAAGGUUGUACACCAAUAAGCAAAUAAACGUUAACAAAUG